UAAGCUAAUCUAAACAAGUCGUUCCUGUGUCACCAGUAAGGCAAAUUGACGUCCUCUGCAGACUUCACGCAUACUUUUGGCUGUUGGAGGGUUGACCUUGGAAAAGAGGUCGUUCGUGUGACCGCAAUAUUUACAUCCUCACUGCAAUCGUGCCCUCAAGCAUUGCAGUCCUGCCCAGUGCCCAGUGCCCAAAAACAAAAGAAAAAGGGGGAAGUCGAAGAAGUUGAAACAGAUGCGGUGCUUCGUCGGCCCCAAAUCGCCAGCUGCCGCAAUUGGAGAAGAAAAUGGGGAUGGCCAACAAAGUACAAGAGAUGUAGGCAGUCCAGCAUCCGCUGUGGCGUCAACGAUGGCCUCAUGCACGGGAGCAUCCCUAGCGGGGACCACCGAAAGCCUCAACCGUGAGUACGCCCUCGCUGUGGGAACCAACUCUUACAACGAGAUCUGGUCCAAAAUCCACGACCACCGCCCAUCUGAGGAGGGAGAGGAACCUUGGACUUCACCAAACGCCCAUCUUGAUCUCAUCACAGAGAGGGUGCUCCACCCAGACCGGCAAUCUAUUCAAGAGGUCCUCCAAAGUGCCCGGCCUACCCAGCUCACCCGCCUCGUGUCUGACUACCUGGACAGCAGCGAGCACACAUCCCAUCUCUUCCUCUCUAUCCAUGAUUCCGUAGAACGCGCCCGCACCCUCUACGCCCCCAUUAGUCAACUCCUGGACCUUAUCCCCUCGGCCGCCAUUUCGCCAUAUGUCCUCUGCCCGUGUGAUUGGGCCUACGAAAAGUUGCAAGAAUUCGACAGCCUGGAAAAUCCCUUUGGAAACACCACUAGCUGCAACUUCCACAGCUUGCGUAUCUGCUUUGCUCAGCUCAAGCAGCAGCUCGACCGUCGUCUGCGUAAAACCCGCCGGAGGCACCGCUUGCUGCGCUGUGCCACGAAUGGAUCAGCCGCCUGCCUGAUUGGCUCCGUCGCAGGCGUCGCCAUCGCUGGGCUAGUGAUCGCGACUCAUGCCCUCGGUGCCCUUGUAGCCGGCCCCUUCCUAUCUUGUUUCCUGCCAACAAAGGACCUGAUGAGCGACGGGAGACACCGCCUGAGAGAGCACAUGGCGAGGCUGGAUGCAGCUGCCAGGGGCACCUACGUUCUGGACAACCACCUUGACACCAUAGAAAGCCUGGUGGCCAGGCUACAUGCGACGGUCGAGAGUGAUAAGGCGCUGGUGCGGUUUUUACUGGAGAGUGGCAGGGUUCAGCGUCACCCCAUCGAGGAAGUGCUUCGACAGCUCCGCAAGAGCCACCCCAGCCUUAUCCUCCAGCUGGGGGACCUCGAUGAGCAUGUCUGUCUAUGCUUUGCCGCUGUCAACCGGGCCAGGCUUCUUCUUCUCCAACACAUACACCAUCAUGACUGAUGAAUCUUCAUGCCGUCGGGUUUUCAUUAGCAUCCUUUGCAUUCCUAUGUGAUGUGCUUCAGAACGCAUCACAUUCAUCGUAGCAAAAGGAAGGAAGAGACCUUCUGAUUUUAAAACAGGUCUCUUCGGAGGCCUUGUUUGGAUUGACUUAUUAAAAAAAUGUUUUUUUUUAAUUUAAUAGAAGUGCUUAUAAAAAAAAAUUGUU